AUGGUGAGCCUGGCCAAGGUGGCUCUGGCCUUGUGCUUGCUGAUUGGAAAGCAAAUGUGCUUGGCUGUGGGGACAGUCCACGAAGUCAGCAAAGACACGUGCAAAGACGGCGCGGUUGCGUUCGAGUUGCCCGCUGAACGGGACAGUGUGGCUUUCAAGUGCAUUUCGCCAUUGGUUAAUCUCAACCCAUCCGACCCACAAUAUGUUUUCAAGAAUGCGUCUGCGCCGCAGGAGUCGAGGGUCAAAUUGAGUGGGGAGAUAAGUGGAGCUAUUUUAGAAAAUAACAAGCCGGAAACGGGAGAAAACACGCUCACAGUUUCCUUCCAGCACAAACCAUCUCAGCCAGUGGAGCUCACGUACAUUUGUCAGCAAGAAGCUGUGAGCGGAGAUACCCCGUCCGUCGCUGCCGACCGCGAGGCCGACCAGGCAGACCCAAAGUUUUGCAAAGUGACCAUCACUGUCGCUGCCAAAUCAUCGCCGGAACAACCUGAGCAGGAACCCUCUGAGCAGUCUGGAGGCGGCAAUGAAAACAACGGUCCCACUGCACCAAAGGAUGUGUACGAGUGCUCGCCGGACAAAGCGACAGAGAUUACCGUAUCGGAACCGAGAUCCGACGUGAAGAUGAAGUGCACCGACAGCCUCGUUUUCCAGCCUGAAGAGAAAGCCAACGCAUUUGACGCUGGCUGCGAAAGUGUGAAGUCUCUGAGCUCCCUUGUUCCUGGGGCCGGGAGGCAUGAUGAAGAAGACAUUCAUAUUCUGAGCAUUCCGAGAUUGCCGGAGGGAUCUAAAUCCAUGGCUCUCUGCUACCAGUGCAGACCCGCAGCAAAUCUUGAGGGGAAGAACGCUGAGAAGAGCUGUCAAUUCAAAAUCACGGUGAAGCCAGCUUCCUCGGCUGAUUCGGGUGUGGGCGGUGUGCGCGAUCAAUCAACUUCGUUUUCGGCAGCUGCGGUCGUUGCUGCUACUUUCGCGAUCGGUUCUUUGUGA